AUGCCAGGAGAGAUUCGUGACUACUACAACGCAAAUUCAGUUGACAAGUCUGAGAUUCAUGACCCAGCAGUAGUUGAUAUCCUCACACCAGAAUUUCUAAGUUCCCUCCGAACAUCAGGAUUGCCAAACCAUCACUUAAAACUAAAGGUUGGGACACCUAUAAUGCUCAUGAGAAAUAUAGAUCAGGCUGAAGGUUUAUGUAACGGCACAAGGCUGUGUAUAACAAAGAUGGCAGCCCAUGUACUGGAGGCUUCAAUAAUGGGUGGUAAAGGUUUGGGAAAUUUGGUUUACAUACCUCGAAUGGACAUGUCACCAUCCCAAUCACCAUGGCCAUUCAAACUGAAUAGGAGACAGUUCCCUAUUAUAGUUUCCUAUUCUAUGACAAUUAACAAAUCACAGGGACAGUCAUUGGAUAAUGUUGGUUUGUACUUACCGAAAGAUGUAUUCACACAUGGCCAGAUUUAUGUCGCAUUGUCAAGAGUAACAACAAAAAAGGGAAUCAAAAUACUGAUACAUGAUGAAGAAAAGAAAUUCAGGGAGAAAACUACAAAUGUUGUGUAUAAAGAAGUUUUUAACAAUGUCUAA